UCUUGUUUAAGCAUGUGAACUGGGUUCUUAAAAGAGUGGAUUUUGCUUAUUCCAGUUUCCAUAGUCUCCACUCCCCAGCAGAAUUUGUUUCUCAAAAAGCAGAUUUCCUCUCUAAAUUCUAAAAGCCAUCCGUCCUGAUUAUAAAUACUUGAAAGAAUAUGUGGGUGAAAGUGGAAAUUUCUUAUCCCAACUUCCCAAGAUUAGAUUUUUCAUAUUUUGGUGGGGACAAAAUUCAGUAGGUAUUAAAAUCCAGCCUCACAGCCCUCAUCGUUCUCUCUAAAAAAAUUCAUCAACAAUGGCCUCUGCACCAACCACACCUAUCUCCUUGUUUUUCCUCCUCCUCCUAGUGAUCUCCUCCUUCGACAUCUCAACUUCCGAUGACCCGACUCCGGCGACAUGGCCCCACCAAUUCCACUCGGUUCUUUACGUGAACAACAGCGGAGCUCUUCAAAUUUUGGACCUGUGGUACGACUGGCCCAACGGUCGAAACUUCAACAUAAUACAGAACCAACUGGGAAAGCUCAAGUACGACCUGGAGUGGGACAAUGGCACUUCCUACGUCUACACUUUGGACUCCGACCGGGAAUGCAGGGUCUUGCAUUUUGAGGUGGGCAUUCUCCGACCCAACUGGCUCGACGGUGCAACUUAUCUGGGUCAGCGCCACGUGGAUGGCUUCCUCUGCAAUGUGUGGGAGAAGGUCGACUUCAUCUGGUACUAUGAGGACGUUGUCACUAAGAGACCUGUCCACUGGCUCUUCUACACAGGGAUGAGUGCUCAUGUGAUGACAUUUGAGGUGGGAGCACAACUUGAGGAUGAAAAGUGGAAUGCUCCUGUUUACUGUUUCGAGGAGGCUGCUAAGUUGGAAAGCAAUAAGAGCUCCCUGGUUGAACCUAUGGCAAGAAAUUAUUCUCAUGGGAGGCUGGCGAGAGGAGUAUUGGAUGCUUGAUGCUUCAAUGGAGACGUGAUUCUGAUUUCCGAAUGCAAUUAGCCAAUGAACAUAUCAGACAGGUUACUUUCCUUUGGACAUGUUUUGAAUAGCUUUUCAGUUCUAGUAAAAUAUUCCUGGUGUUUGUAAUCUACUAACCGUUUUAGAAAGCUGCAAUCCAAAACCAACAAUAUUUGCAUCUUUUCGGACGUGUUAUGUUAUCUAAUGCGUUCAUUGAUGGAUUGUCGAACA